AAGAACAGCGAGUAAACAGGUAGAACAUGGACGUAAAUCACACGUAACAUUGAAAUAUACAAGAGUCAAAGCCCAAGCAAGCCCAAUCAGGCCGGAUCAUUCUAGACUAUGGACACGAUUUUAUCAAAAUAAUAUUUCAUGUUAUUUUUUUGUUCAUUCAUAGAAAAAGGGUUGAUGCGUUUUGUCGGGCAACGAAAGGAAACUCGAUCGAAAUUAGAAGGGAAAUAUUGUGCAUCACAGUAUGAUGGGACAGCCUGUUGCUACAGUGAGAAUAUUCACAAUAGUUUUGUGUCUGUUUCAUCUGUCACAUCCAACUGAUGGUCCAGCUAAUUUAUCACUGGACAUAAAACCAGCUACUCCCCUAAAGAAUGGAACAUUGUUUGUCAAAAGAGGUUCCAAUGUUUUCUUUAAUUGUUCCAGUGAAGCUUAUCCCUCACAAAACCUGACGUGGAUGGUUGAAGAUGUAGCACAGGAUGAUCCUUACAUAGCGUCUGGGAGCAAGUCAUCUCUUGAGUUUUCCAUAAGUAACAUCCUUCCAAGUAAUCAAGGGAUCUACACAUGUGCUUCUCAAAAUACCUUCUCCAUGAGAACUGUGAACAAGAGCCAGGAACUGCUAGUUUACUAUGCUCCAGAGAGGCACCCCGAGUGUAGUUGGGAAUUGGGAAAUGAGCCAUCCGAUGUAUUGUUCAUAUGUAGCUGGUAUGGAGGCUACCCAGUGCCCACCCUGGACUGGCAUGAGAUCCUUGAAGAGACUGUUAUAGCCAAGGGUCCCAUGAUCAACACAUCCCAAGAGACAGAGCGUUUGGAGGUCCAUGUGAACAGGUUUAUAUUGCACAAUAAGGAGGAAGUUAAGUGUGUGGGACAUCACAUAACUGGAGUAGAGAAAUCAUGCUCCUUCAACCUCAAGAUGCCGUACCCUUUAGGAGCCCCUUUGGUAACUGCUCUGGAGGGCAGUACAGUCACCCUCAGUUGUACAGAGACUGAGUCUCUCCCACCAGCUAAGACUGUAUGGAAACAAAAGGACAACAAACUCAUCAACAGUACCUCGAAAUACAUUGUAUCUGAGAGUAAACCCACAUACACACUCACUAUAGUCAACGUAACAAAAGACGAUGAGGGCAUCUUCUACUGCUAUAGUGAAAACCCUCUUGGUGCAAGAGAGCUGGAAUUAUACCUAACUGUGAGGACCACUGCAGGUGGAGGAGCUGCAGUCGGUGUCUUUGUUUCCGUCUUAAUAGUCAUGAUUGGAAUUGUUCUUGGUGUGACAAUAUAUUCCAAGCGUGACAGAAUUUGCAUUGGUUUAGGAUUUAGUAGUUUAGAUGAUGACAGAGGAGAUGUCCUGAGCCUAGUGGAUUCAGAUGAAGAGGAAAUUUUCCAUGAUGCUGUUCCUCGACUCCCUCCACUGACAAACGGACAUGCAACCACAUUAGUAGAGAUUCACAGAAUACCAUCCUGUGAUCGUGAAGAAAAUCCAGACAGUACCGAACACACAGAUCAAACUCAACACGAUCAGAUAGAACCAGAAAACACAGAGAUCUUUUAAUGACCAGUUUAUAUGUGCAGGAAAUGUGCCAGAAUUGUGGACUGCACUAAAUUAUUUUUCUUCUGUGUGAUAUUACACUUAAAAUAUUAUUAAUUGUAAAAUAUUUCAAUUACCUGUGAAAAAUUUUAAAGUUUAAAUGUUUUUAUUUUCAGUAUUAGGUUUUAAGAUUUUGGCCUCAAAUAGUGAAAUUAAAACUUGUACUACUAAUGUGUCAGUUAACUGUGAUUGUAUUACAUUUUUGAUGUUUAUGAAGUCAUUGAUUGUUUUCCAUAACAAUGUAGGGGUGACGGACUAGUUGUCACUCUGAGAAGUUGUCACGUGUUAUAUUUCAGUAACUAACAGGUUUGAGUCAAUUGUCUAGUUGCAUAAAUGCUUAUUUUUCUCUAGCAGUGUUUCUGUAUGUUGGUUUUAAACAUCAUAUUCAUCUACAUGUAGAUCAAAACUUCUCAAAAUGGCUCUGUAUAGGUUUUGUGAAUUUUAUCCUCCAAACUAAAAUUCAUUAUAUUUCUGUAAUGGCUGUUGGGGGAAAAAUGUAAAUACAAUUAAAUCACACUACCAUGCAUUAAAUUAUAAUAAAGGAGGUUUAGACUGGGGGACUCUCACUCACAUCUACGGGGCAAUUUAGAGUCUCUAAUUUACUUAACCUGUAUGGUUCUGGACUUGUGGGGGAAACCAAUGCAAACACAAGGAGAACAUGCAAAUUCCACACAGAAAGGUCCAGUUGAGCCCGCACUCAAACCCAGGACCUUCUAGUUGUGAGGUUACAGUGCUAACCACUGAGCAAACGUGCUGCCUUCGUUUCCAUUUUACAAUCAGUGUCAAUAAAUAGCAGGUUUGCGUUGUGUCAGCCUACACUUGCAUGCACAUACGACACUGUGUAAAACGAACUGUACCUAUUUUCCCAGGGAAAAAAUGGAAAAAAAGAUGAACAGCUUUUUUGUAGUUGCCUGUACAGAAAUUGACUU